GACUGGACUCUGCGAAGGGCGGUGGGGGCUAGGGAUGGCAAGGUGGCAGUGCCCACCACUGGAGCUCCGCGGCGGACGAGACCUCGCGUGGCCAUUGUUGCUUAAUUUAUGCCCAGCACGUUGCUACGUACCCACCUAUUUCACGUCUGUACAGAAUUAAUACGAGAGCUAUACAACUGUGACAAAUUGGAGGUUGGAUAAGUUCCCCGUUUCCCAUUUUCAAGUACCGGUUAGCAAAACUGAUGGCGAGACUGGGUAUUUUCUCGUAAUUACCGGCUGCAGGUCUGGUUUUAUUAUGGCGAGGGUGAGAGAAAUAGCCAACCAUUUAGUAUUUACUCUUAACACUGCUGGACAGGGAUGGAGGUCUCUGUACUUUCUCCCCGAAAUGCACGGAUUCUGUCCCUUCCCCCUCUCAUGUACAAACACUCCAGUUGGUUAAGAUUCUAAACCUUCAGCCGUUCUCCGCACCCCUAUUUAUUACACCCAUCGUCUGGGGGCGGGAGGGAGAUUAAUGUUUCAUUUCCCAGGCCUACACUAUUAACUGCAACCUAUAAAACGUAGACUUACAAUGAAAAUUUUUAGAAAGUACACAGCAGACAAUAGUAACUAAAGAAAUUAUUUUCCAAAUUGAAAAUCAGUUUCUAAAGGUCAGAAAAAGGGUGUUCGUGUUUUGGGGAACAGAAGGGUAGGAAAUGUGUUUGGGCCUUAAGACUUCCUUGUAAAAUGGCUUCUUAAAUGGGACAUCUGAAAGAUUCGUCAGACUAUGAACAGAUAAGCCCGCAAAAAAAUAUGUUGAGAGUUUCGAAGUUGUUAUGGGGUUAACAUUUUAUUUUUUAACUCUCGCCCUUACUUAUUGCUGUCAUUGCCUGAAUGUGUCUUACAGCAGGCACUUCUUCCCCGUUCCCUCUUUUAACCAAGUGCUUGGGCACCCCGCUUCAUAAAGCUAACCUGUUCUGGAGCUCUUCACAAAAAACGCUACGGUUGUAGGAAGAAGUGGUUUGGAAGACUUGGGGAACUCUUUUGAGAGCUCUCCCAUAAUUUAGUCAGCGUCAGGAAGUAGGGCGUAGGGCAUUCUAAGAGUUUUAGGUUUGGAUUGACAAAUUAAGUAGGCCCAUUUUCGCCUAACGUUUUGGAAAUAGGCAUUUUUAGCAAUCCCGCGUGCCUGGGAUGAGAAUAUUAUAAUUAACUAUUUACUGAGAGGUCAAAGAGGCGCAGGCGCUUUGAGCAGUUUUCCCAGGAACCCACACAAAGUCAAUUAAGGUCAUUUAAUUGCAAAUCGGAUUUGGGGUGACACGGAAAUGCUGAUAUAGAAUCAAUUAGCUGUAUCCGGUGUCCCCAGACUGGGUCGCACAAAUUAAGGGAUGGCCUAUCUCGCUUUUGACCUUGGUUGAGCCCCCUACUUCACUAUGCUGAUUAGACUUCGCCCAAGAGGGCAAAUUUGCCUCUCCCACACCCGCCCUGGGUUAGACGAGUCCCCUCCCUUCCCCUCAACUCCGCUCCGCCCGUCGCAUGGGGGCGGGGAGCGCUGGACGCCCUUAGCGGACCUUGCUGCAUCAAACCCGCAUCAUGCCCUUGAAGCUGUAACCUCGGUCACGUUCUUGCGGCGACUGGGUCGCCCACUGCUCGGUUCCUUUCUCUUACCUCCUACAAUUUCAGCAGGUAAUUGCUGCCAUGGAAACACAACUGUCUAAUGGGCCAACUUGCAAUAACACAGCCAAUGGUCCAACCACCAUAAACAACAACUGCUCGUCACCAGUUGACUCUGGGAACACAGAAGACAGCAAGACCAACUUAAUAGUCAACUACCUUCCUCAGAACAUGACACAGGAGGAACUAAAGAGUCUCUUUGGGAGCAUUGGUGAAAUAGAGUCCUGUAAGCUUGUAAGAGACAAAAUAACAGGGCAGAGCUUGGGAUAUGGCUUUGUGAACUACAUUGACCCCAAGGAUGCAGAGAAAGCUAUCAACACCCUGAAUGGAUUGAGACUUCAAACCAAAACAAUAAAAGUUUCCUAUGCUCGCCCAAGUUCAGCUUCUAUCAGAGAUGCAAAUUUAUAUGUCAGCGGACUUCCAAAAACAAUGACCCAGAAGGAGUUGGAACAGCUUUUUUCACAAUAUGGACGCAUUAUUACUUCUCGUAUUCUUGUCGACCAGGUCACUGGCAUAUCAAGGGGUGUAGGGUUUAUUCGAUUUGACAAGCGAAUUGAGGCAGAAGAAGCUAUCAAAGGCCUAAAUGGCCAGAAACCUCCCGGUGCCACGGAGCCAAUCACUGUAAAGUUUGCUAAUAACCCAAGCCAAAAAACCAAUCAGGCCAUCCUUUCCCAGCUGUACCAGUCUCCAAACAGAAGGUAUCCAGGACCGCUAGCUCAGCAGGCACAGCGUUUUAGGUUUUCUCCAAUGACCAUUGACGGAAUGACCAGUUUGGCUGGAAUUAAUAUCCCUGGGCACCCUGGAACGGGGUGGUGUAUAUUUGUGUACAACCUGGCUCCUGACGCAGAUGAGAGUAUCCUGUGGCAAAUGUUUGGGCCUUUUGGAGCUGUCACCAAUGUGAAGGUCAUCCGUGACUUUAACACCAAUAAAUGCAAAGGUUUUGGAUUUGUGACUAUGACAAACUAUGAUGAGGCUGCCAUGGCGAUAGCUAGCCUCAAUGGAUACCGUCUGGGAGACAGAGUACUGCAGGUCUCCUUUAAGACAAACAAAACGCACAAAGCCUAAUGAGCUCUUGUCCUCAGUCCAUUUAUAUAUGAAAACUAUACAACAAAGGCAAGUUAAGAGAAACUUUAUACAUUAGUAAAUGUCUUUGUAAGUCAGUGUUGAGAUGGGGAUAAAACGACUACUUAGCAUCCUAAGAAAUAUGUGAGAUUUUUUAUUGCUAGUAUUUGAAUUAAAACUUCUUAAAUAUCUUUUAUGUUUGAAUAUGGACAAGAGGUACAGGGUUUUUACCUGUCACAUUGCAUUCUAUUGCCUUCUUUGAAGAAGGUGGACCUUUUAAAGUGUUUCAGCUAAGGGAAGACAUUUCUUUUCUUUUUACAUAACUGCCUUGAACCUGUGAGUAAAUAUUGAGGCUUUGUGUUGUAAUUCUUCAGUUGGUUGUGUCUUUUUUUUCCCCCCUUUUUUUCCUUUUUCUGAUUAGCUUUGUGUUUGGUUUACAUUUAAAGCAUUGCUGUUAUGUCUGUUUAAGAAAAGUAUUUUGAAGUUUACAUUUUUAUUUAUGAAGUUUAAAACAGUAUUUAUUUUGUAAUUAUGAUUUGGGUUGGGGAAGGGGGGGCUACAUUAUAAACGCUUAUUGUAAGAAUACUGGAGAACUUUUCGUAAAGCAGUACCUUGCCAAAGAGAUAAGAGCCUCUUUGAUGUGGGUUUAAAAAAAGCAUCUAUUUUUAUAAAAAAGAAAAUUUGGAGAAACUUUUUACUGGUCCUGGAACAAAUAUUUUGACUUGAAUACUUUGAGAAAUCUCUUCAUAUGACACCUAGUGAGCUUUUAAAAUUUACCAGGAAAUUUGCAGCGGUUGGAAAAUUUAGAAAGAUUUAUGGUGUAGAAAAUACUUUUGAGAUCUUUGUAUGAAAGGAGUAGAAUCAAUGGGGGGAAACACUGCUGGUUUCAUUUUUGUAAUCACCAGUGGAGCGUCUGAUCAUCCUGGUUAUUAUGUGAUAGGUGGCUCACAUUGAUUUGUGAUUUUGAAACAAAUAAAAAAAAUUUACAAAAGAAUAUAUAAGAGCAGGCAAGAAAUUUAAAUUACCGAGAGAUGGGGGAAAAAAUCUGUUCUUCCUAAAGAAAUCCCUUCAGAUAGAGCUCAUGGUGUUUAGUGAUGUACUUGCAGUAUUGUUUGAAGAAUUGUUUUGUCUUAAGGAAAAAAGACGUUGCACAUGAUUUGUACUGCAGCAAAUCAGCAAAAGUGAUCUGAGUUGGAUAUAUUUGAAGGUAUUUUGAAAGUUACGUUCAAGGCUAACACCUGAGCUUUGUGUAAUGUAAAUAAGACCUUGUGUUUAUGAACCUUUCAGCUAAUUUAAUUUUUUUUCCCUUACAUGCCAAGUGAUGUUCAGGUUUUGAAUGUUUUUGUAUCAGUUUUUUCCUUUGUAAAUGGCAUUAACAUUGUUACUUGAGGUCUUGCUUAAUCACUUUUGUUGUCCUGAGGACUUGAAUUUACAGUGCAUCAGAUUUGUUGCAAAUUUUGUCUGUAGAUAGUCUAGCUUCAGCUGUUUAUGGUGAUGCUACAUUUUUGUUUAUAAAUAUGUUUGUGGUAUAAAAAAAUGAGUAUAACCAUAGGUUUUGAACAAAUUUCCUUACAUUUUUCAUACAAAAAUCAUAAAUAUCUGUAUGCUAUUGAAAUUUAACUUUGUAUGAUGCUUAAAAACCACUAUUUGGGGAAAUAAUAAAAUAAGUCUUUACCAUGUAUGAAAGAAAUUUUAAAAAAUACAAAAUAUUUUCUGAUUAGCAUCUAGCUUAUAAUAAAUUUUCAAAAAAGCUGAAGGCAAAAAUGCCUUCAUCAGGAUGCACUGAGAACUAUAUAGUUACGUCCUGCUUUUUGUAUAAACUGAGAUGCUCACAUGCUUCCCCUUAGAACAGGCAAUGUGCUAUGCAUAACAUAGUUGUACAUUAUCUUUGCGGUUGCUUUGAGUUUUAUUUUUUAUUAUUUAAAAUUGUAGUUAUAAAAUUUUUCAGUAUAGUACAGUACAUAUACUGUGAGGCGCGUGCUAAAGUGAAUAAGCGAGUUUUCAUGCUGACCCACUCAAUGCUAUUCAGAAAUCAAUUGGCUUAGCACUUUCUCAUAUCCUUAGGUGCAUUUAGAUUGUCAGAGUUAACCUUCUGCGUUUAAAAAAAGAAAAACACUAAAAAAUAAAAUACAUGUAUAUACUUAAAAAACAAUAAUAAGGUUUCCCUCAAGGGAAAACAGCAGCUACAUGCUUCUUUCCUAUACUACUGUAGCAAACCAAGGCAUUGAUGAGAGGGCAUGCAAAUUGUGCUUCACUUUACAGUGUUUAUCAGAGCACUUAAUAAAAUGUAAGGCUGGUAUUUAUUUGAAGUUGUACAGUAUGACUUAAUUCACAUCUGUUGGAAUAGAAAAUAUAUUCUGUUGAGUAUUUAAGAGGCUGUACAUGUUUUCUUUUGUGUUUGGAUUCUUUGUACUUUUUCAUGUUCAGUACAUCAAUAAACAAAGUUGAAGGGAAAGAA